AGUCAGCACGUGUGCGAGGAGGCUGCAGCGCAGUGCGAAUCAUCUCCAUCACUACCAAAUGGCUCAAUUCCGAGGAUUAUUUGUGAAACUAGACCGGAAUGGGGAUGGUUUCAUCUCGUUGUCGGAGCUGCACAGUGAAAUGAGCUCGCACGGCAUCUCGGUGGCAGAUGCUAAGGUGCAGAAUGCGAUUAACUCCUACGACAAUGACAACAAUGGCCAGUUGGAUUACGACGAGUUUCUCAGCUACAUGAUGGACCGAGAGAGGAAAUGGAAGAUUUGCUUUGAACACCACCUGGACAAGAACAAAAGUGGGCAGAUUGACCAGGAGGACAUCGUCUGUUUGUUUAAGGAGAUAGGAGUGGUCAUUUCAAAGGCCCAUGCCAAUAAAGUCAUCCAAAUGAUGGACACGGACGGCUCCAUGACGGUGGACUGGGAUGAGUUCCUGCAGUACGUCAUCCUCAAACCGGUAGACGACCUCGGCGAGCUGGUGUCGUCAUGGAAACACAGUCUGGUAUUUGACGUGGGCGAGAGUCGAGCGCUGGUGGCCAUGGACUUUCCAGAAGAGAGUUCCGGCAUCAGCGCAUGGAGGAGAUUUGUUUUGGGUGCCGGUUUGGCUGAUGCCGUAUCUCGGACGGCGACGGCCCCCAUUGACCGCCUCAAGACUCAGUUGCAGUUUUACGGAUCCAAGGCCUUCUCUCGAGGCUUCCGUGAGCUUCGUGUCGGCGGCCUCCGUUCCAUGUGGCAAGGCAACGCUGUCAACGUCCUGAAGGGAACGCCGCAGUCCACACUUCAGUGUCUCAUCUACGCGCAGAUGAAGGGAUCCUUGCGGGGAAGAAGUGAAAAGAGUCUGAGCGUGCAGCAGCGCUUCGGUUUGGGUUGCGUGUCCGGCGCUGUGGCUCACGCGGUCUUCUACCCUCUGGAGGUGUUGAAAGUGCGCCUCAACCUGCAGCGUGUGGGCGCCUACCGUGGCGUGGUGUCUUGCGCCCGCUCUAUCUACCAGAACGAGUCCUUGUCGUCGUUUUACAGAGGAUUUAAGCCCAGCGUCCUUUGCAUGAUCCCGUACGCUGGUGUGGAGUGUGCGGUCCAUCAGUCUAUCAUGACCUGGGCCCAGAGCCAUCCAGCCUACAGCAGCGACUCAAGGCUCUUCUUCUUCUUCAGUUUUGUGGCCUUCGCUUGCGGACAAAUGAGCAGCUACCCUCUGGCGGUGAUAAGAACGCAGCAGCAGGCACAAGCCGUCUGCCUCGGCUCACGAGUCACCUCAUCGGGGGUCCUGCUCGGACUCAAAGGGAUAUAUGAAAGACACGGACUGCGCGGCUACUACAACGGAAUGGGUGCCAGCUUUGUCCGAGCCGUUCCAUGCGCCCUCAUGAACUUAACCUUAUGCAGAAUGUUUGAAAACCUCUUUUCUUCCACGGGCACAUGAGGUUUGGUAGAGGCGUGUGUUGCGCAAAAAUAAUGAUGCAAAAUUUGUCUGGGUUCCAAGCAAUAAAAAAAGUGCCAUUCUUGCUCAGAUCCUUGAACGGUCUGACUCGUGCACAACAAAGAGACUUUUUUUUUCUUUUUGUUUUGCCCACAAGCAAAUGAUUGUGGUUUAAUGUUUGCCCACAACCAAAUGAUUGUUGUUUCAUGUGUGUUCAGUAUCUGUAAU